AUGAAGUUCACUCUCGCCGCCGCUUCCACCUUCAUUACCGCUGCGCUCGCAGCCACUCUCCCCAAGUCUUUCACUCUUGUCGCUGACGGCGGCAACACCGUCCUCACUGACAACACCAACGCCAUUGUGGACGCUUCCCAGGCCAACACUCUGGAGAUCCUCCGCCUGAAAAGCGAGGACGGCAAGACCAUCACCUUCACCCAACAACAAGCCGUGAACCCCAAUUCGUGGCAGAACCUUUAUGCCAUCGCAGGCAAGUCUAAGCCUCUAGGCUUGACCAUCCCUCACUCUGGUGCCACUCCCGACGGCGCUGUGCUCAACGGCUGGGGCAUCACCGACGACGGCUACCUCACCUUCAACGGCGAGAACAACUUCGGUCUUUCCGAGGACAAGCACCAGAUCUACUUCCUUGGAGAGGACGCCACUGUUCCCAAGGUUACUCUCUGGGUUAAGGAGCUCAAAUAG